AUGGCGCAAGGUCAGGGUGCUUACCCUGCAGCCCGGUGCAAGGUAGUAUACCUCGUGCGUCACGGACAGGCUACCCACAACAAAGCCCGCCUUGAGUCUCCCAACGACUCCGUCUACGAAUCCGAAGCCUAUUUCGACGCACCCCUGACCGAGCUCGGUUGGAGGCAAGCGCAACAAGUUCGCGAGCACAUCUGCAACACUGGCUCCAUCCAGCCGCAGCUCGUCGUCACCUCUCCCCUUUCCCGUUGCAUCCAGACUGCCGUUGGCAUCUUUGGCAGUGGAAACUCCCUCGGCCCAGGCGAGUCGAACUCCAACGCCUUAAUGCAAAACAGCGUCGCCUCUCAUGGGCUGGGAAUCUCCAGCCUAGGCUGCCCCAGGUUCGUCGCAGUCGAGUGGUGCAGGGAGCGCAUGGGCCAGCACCCAUGCGACCGACGACGCACCAUCUGCAAGCUGCAGGAUCAGUACCCCGCUGUGGAUUUUUCAGAGAUCGUCCACGACGUAGACGUCCAUUACAAGCCCACCCAGCGAGAAACGGAGGAGGAGGUCCGGUAUCGAGCUCAGGUGUUCACCAACUGGUUGAUGAAUCUGUCAGAGACUCGGAUUGCCGUUGUUGCGCACAGUGGAUUCAUUUGGGAGUUCACGCGCUUGUUCGGAGAUGAUCUGUCCGAGACUGUGAAGAGUGAGCUGCAAUUAGGGUAUGCGAAUUGCGAGCUGCGGGCAAUCAUGCUGGUGGAUAAGCUCGGACUUGCCCAAGCCAUCUUCCCCGCUGACUUCCCCGGGUGUUCGGCGAAGUACUUCCCGGGCCAGUAAGCUCGGUUAAGGACAUUUCUCCAUGAUUAGCGUUGCCGUUUCUGCCGCGGAUAUCCAUUGGUGAAGGUGGCGAUGGGGAUGAAACUAACUGGAUUUAACAGCAGCGAAUCCUUUGGUUUCGAAUCGAUUAUGGUGCGGUGCAUGUGUGAGGAGGACAUGGUCUGUACAGCUGAGCUUGGCGCAUCGGGGAGAGUGUGUUGGGUCACAGGUUUGACAUGGUAGGAAGUUACUAUGUUCAUAUGGGUGAUUUGAGAGACAGCAACGGGUUUGAUUGGGUCGAGUUUUCCAAUCUGACCUGGAGCUAGCUGGACAACUGGAUGAAUUCGAAAGUGCUGAUGAUUGCUACGUUGCUGGCUCCGCUGAAUCUGCAAUGUGAACUCAGAGCUCGAAUGAUGACGACACUUCAUUGAAGGUUUAUCAAGUUUGAAAUAACUGCGCUGGAUUCUUUUGUUAUUGUUUUUGCAAUCAAUUGUGGGAAUACCUUCGAAACCAGCAAUAAGUAUUAGGAAGUAACUUGAAACUAAGGAGCAGAGCAGUGGGAAGUUCUGCUACCACCUUCUGCACAAGUCCAAAGUGGUGGAAUGUGGUCAUUUCUUCUUAAUUGUUAGAAUGUUUUGGCAUCUUCUUGUUUUUCUUCUUCUUCUUCUACUUCUUAACUCUUUUCGGAAAACUCAGAGUCUGUCCUGAGGAACAUGGCUGUGUGUAAGAGAGAGAGAGAGAGAGAGAGAGCAAGAGAGGGAGAGAUUAGAGAGGGAGAGAUGUUUUGAGUGUCCUCCUGCAUGUCAAUUCAGUCAGAAGUUGAAGGAUGUUGAUGGCAAUACCUCUACCACAGGACUACUUGUAAUAGUCCAUACAAGUUGUCAGCAGCUCUUGUCCCUUGUCUUCCCCCACUUUGACUCCUCUCCAUUCCAUUUAAUACUUGUUUUGUCUUAGGCUCAGCUGAUCAAACAAUAACCCCCCAGCCCUCCCCCCCAUGGACAUCUUACCCUGAAUUUCAUUCUUAAAAAACGAGAAUAAUGAAGAGCAUUUGGGACAACGUGCAGUGACAAAAUUACUAAGCUUGUGACUGGAUUGUCAAAUGCUGUAAAAUCAAUGAAGUCAAGCCUUCUAUUUUGCAGCAGGGUUUUCUUUUCUUUCCUCUUUCCACUUUUCUCUUUUCUCUGUUUUUGGGAUGGUAUAGACUGAUUUUGACAGGAUGGAGCAGGAUAAUGGACAAGCUACUAACAAUGGUACAUGUACCAAUCAAUAUAUCUAGCUGGAUUUCUUUAAAAGACUGUUGUGAACUUCAAAUUAUGUUGAGGGAGGAUCAAGGAAGACUGUUCUUGUAGAGGGAAAAAAAUACACACAAAAUGAAACACAAAAAUAAAAUCCUUCUGAGUUAUUACCAUGCGAGAAUCACAUGCUUUGAGAUACAACACAAGGGGCUCUACAAAUCAUUAGAUGCCAUCCAUCACAAAUGCAUAGUUUUGAACUAAAUGAUGAUGCUGCCUCACAGUGCCAUACAACUCCCCAACACAAAUGAAUACCCUAAUUCUGAAGGCUCCAGCAAUGAAGAAAAGUGAUGACAUGAAACACUUAUAUCUAGAUCUACAAUAUGAAUCUGGUCCUAAGGGACAUGUCAAACAAUUCAUAAUAACAAUGUAAUGAGAUGAGAUCAAA